AUGGUCCGCUUGAAGAGCCGCUACCUCCUCAUGGACAUUCUGUACCCAGAUCCAUCGACUUGGCCGGCCACCCCGAACUCCGCCAGCCCUCAUAACCCUUCCCUGGCAAUACACUCCCCAACCUCCGACGCUCUCACGGCAGGAUUCCUCGCGAAGAUGAUUCGCGAAUCUGUCGCAGAGCUAUAUGGCGAUUGGGGAAUCGGAAAACUAGGUGGUGCCUCAGCAGCUGGGAUUCAAAUAAAAUAUCUCUCCCCGGCUACAUCGACAGCAAUAGUGCGGUGUCCCCGUGCUGCAUUCCGUAUCGUCUGGUCUGCUAUCACAUAUAUGUCCGGUGUCCCGGAACCGUCCCCGAAUCCGCAGAAGCGCGGCACAGGCCGUGAGCGUGCGUGCGUUUUCCGCGUGAUCCGCGUGUCGGGAACUAUGCGCAAGGCAGAGGAGGAGGCGAUCCGUCGGGCUAGAGCAGAGAUUGUGCGUGUCAAGGAUGCAGAAGAACGAGGGGUUCUAGGGGAUUUAAUCGAAGGGAUUGCUGGGGGAAAGGGGACUGCCGUUGUUGAUUCCGUGAUGGACGAAAGUGAAGAUGAAGUCAUGGGUGAUGAGUAG